AUGUACCAGCAAGGAGCUGUUCCAACAACUUCAUCAUCAUCAAUUAUCGUGUCCUCGACCAGUUCUACCCAGGGGUCAUCUACGUCGCCUGUAUCCAGCGGAACCUCCUCAUCCUCGCACGUGACUACCUCCUCUUCAUCAUCAUUAGGAUCAUCCACAGCGUCGUCGACCAUCAAGACCAGCUCGACCAGCACAACUUCAAUAGUUAAAGGCACAGCAACCAAUCCAAUUCCCGUCCGAAGGACCUUCAACUGGAACAUCACGUGGGUCAAUGCUUCACCAGAUGGUUUCAGCAGACCUUUUGUUGGCGUCAAUGGUGAAUGGCCUCUUCCACCAAUUCUAGCUGACAUCGGAGACACUAUCAUAAUCAACGCUUACAAUGGUCUUGGAAAUGAGACUACGUCUAUCCAUAUGCACGGAUUGUUCAAUGCCAAUAAUACAUUUGAGGACGGUUCUGCUAUGGUUGCUCAAUGUCCCAUUGGGCCUGGAGAAACUUUUGUCUACGAAUAUGUGCUCGCCCAAUCCGGUACCUAUUGGUAUCACGCACAUGUUGGAGGUCAAUAUAUCGAUGGUUUCCGUGGUCCCGUGGUCAUCAGAGACGCCAACGCAUUGAACAACUAUGGCAAUAUUGAUGAGGAGUAUAUCCUGUCCCUCACAGAUGUGUACCACGUCGAAGCGCCCUACCUGAUCAACUACUUCCUGUCCGCAAACAAUACAAGUGGUGCCGAGCCUGUACCAGACUCCGCCCUGAUCAACGAAGCGCAAAACGCACAAUUCGCCAUCACACCUGGCAAGACAUACUUGUUCCAUGUCGUCAACAUGGGUGCUAUCGCUGGACAAUUCCUCCAAUUCGAUCAACACAACAUGACGAUCAUUGAAGCAGACGGUGUAUACACUCAGCCGUAUGUGACGGAUCAAAUCUUUGUGGCUGUUGCGCAGAGAUAUUCCGUUUUGGUUCAAGCUCUACCGACUGCGACUGAGAACUUUGCGAUUGUCAGUCAGUUCGUGACUGAUAUGUUUGACGAGAGUGUUACACCCGCUGGACAGAACCCUACUUGUACUGCUUUCCUCGUCUACAAUUCUGCUUUGGCUAUGCCAGCACCCUUCACCUUGACCCCACAACCAUGGUCCGACACUGUUCUCGUCCCCUGGGAUCAGCAACCCCUCUGGGACUCAGACAACGUGCAAUACACCUACCUAACAGUUGACUUCGCUACCAAUGACUGGGGCUCCAACCGCGCCAUGGUCAACGGCCAAACCUACCUCUCGCAACUCGUCCCCACCUUCUUCACAGCCCUGACCGCACCAUCGGAAUACCAAAUGAAUACCGCCAUCUACGGCCAAGUGAACCCGCAAAUCCUCCCCUUCGGCCAAGUUAUCGAGAUCGACCUAAACAACCACGACACCCGCGCCCACCCUUUCCACUUACACGGCCACACCUUCCAGAUCAUCAACCGCGCCGGCGACGAGCCGCAAUGGCCCGGCCUCGACUCCAUCCCCGCGGCCCCCAUGCGCCGCGACACCGUCGUCGUGUACCCCGGCGUCGGCGUCACGCUUCGCUUCAUCGCUAAUAACCCAGGUGUCUGGCUGUUCCAUUGUCACACGGAAUUCCACGUCGAAGCCGGCAUGACGGCGACGUUCAUCGAGGCCCCCGAUGUGAUGGUCGCGCGCAAACCGUAUAUCCCCAAUAGUCACAAGACGGCGUGCGACAGUCAGAAUAUCCCUAGAUCAGGGAACGCUGCGGGGAAUUCGGCGGAUUGGACGGAUACCACUGGCGCACCGACCGAUAGUAGUCAGACGUACUAUGGGGCGUUGAUUAAUGGGCCGACGUGGAAUCCUUACCAAGGGGGGAAACCUUAG